AUGGCCAAGGGGCUCAUCGAUCACCAGUUCACCACAAAGUUCACAAAUAGAGAGAGGAUGGGUCGCAAGGGAAAGCGUGGUGCGAUUCGUGAGAAGAAGGGCGGCCGUGACGGCGAGAAGGCCGCGCCGCCGGCUGACGACGACUGCGCGUCGUCGUCGGACGGGGAGGGAGGCGCCGCGGCCGCCGGGCUGCCGAUGGCCAACCUCGUGCGCCUCAUCCGGCAGGUGAUCCCCAAGGGCGUCAAGGUCUCGACGCGAGCCAAGCACCUCACCCACGACUGCGCCGUCGAGUUCGUCGGCUUCGUCGCCGGCGAGGCGGCCGAGCAGGCCAAGGCGCAGCACCGCCGCACCAUCGCGCCCGAGGACUUCAUCUGCGCGUUCCAGGCGCUCGGGUUCGACGACUACGUCCAGCCCAUGAGCACCUACACCCGCCGCUACCACGAGCACCAUAAUAACGCCGCCCGCGGCUACAGGGGGUCGUUCGUGCCACGCCCUCCUCCUCCACCCCCUGAUGUGGCGGUGGCGGAGGAGGCGGCCGUCACGGCCCCUGGCGUGCCAUGCUUCUCCGAUGAGGAGAUGCAGUACCUGAGGUCGACGGUGCCUUCCCUGCAUGGAGAACAAGAUGACGAGGGAAGCUCCUCGGCGUACUCGCCGACGCCGGCCGGGCACGGCUACGGUUACACCGGAGACAUGUGACAGUUAGAAUCCGUUGCGUUAUGCAUGGGCUGUCCCGUGGGCUAUGAGGGUAGUAGAUAUAUGACUAGAGCCGCUCAUUGCCAUACCGUACCAAUAUGCACUACUUAUGUUA